AUGGCCGAAAACCCCGAGCCCUUCCCCCCGGGCCCCGACCCUCGCCUCUACCCCAACACCCGCCUCCGUCCCAUCGCCUCUGGCGCCCUGCAACCCCCCUUUUCUAGUCCCCUCUCUGCCAACAUGACCGCAUCCAACAACAACGAGCCCGAUACCUGCCGCAUCUGCCGCGGCGAGGGCUCCCCCUCGGAACCGCUGUUCUACCCUUGCAAGUGCUCCGGCUCCAUCAAAUACGUGCACCAGGACUGUUUACUGGAGUGGCUGAGCCACUCGCAGAAAAAACACUGCGAGCUGUGCAAAACGCCGUUCCGGUUUACGAAAUUAUACGACCCUAACAUGCCGAGUUCGCUGCCGUUCCAUGUCUUCAUGUCGCAUCUGGCCAAGUAUUUGGCGAGGAGCAUGAUGGGAUGGUUGCGCGUGGGGCUAGUGGUGGUGGUCUGGUUGGUGUGCUUGCCGUAUAUGAUGCGGUCGGUGUGGUCGUUUUUGUUUUGGGUUAGUGAUGAGGGGUUGGGGGCAAAGCCUGUGUCUGUGUCUGGGCUGGCGCUGUCCGAGUCGGGCGCGGGAGUGGUUAGCAAUGUGGUGCUGGCUGGACCUGGGGGUGCUCCCGUGUGUGCGGCGAGCCCGCUCUUUGCAGCCGGCAUGGCGGCCGCCACGAUUGGGGGUGUGAUUGAGAGUCUACCGCCUGCAUCAGCCAAGAUUGUGAAGAGCCUCUAUUCGGUCAACCUGACGUCGAGUGACCCGAUGUACAACACGAUUCUUCGCCUGCUGUUCGGCACGGUUGGUCUGAUCGAGAAACCUGGCGCCAUCAGUGGCAAUGCGACGGCUUUGUUGGAGAGGAUGGCCAGCGCGCAUCGGCCAACGCUGCUGAGCGAGGUUGACUUUCUCAAGAAUCUGACGUCCUUCCCGGCUUUCAAUCGAACUGUCAUCGCUAUCCUCGAGGGCCAGUUCAUCACCGUCCUAGUCAUCGUCUGCUUCAUCCUGAUCAUCCUCGUCCGCGACUACGUUGUCCAACAACAGCCCGAAAUCAACAUGCGCGCCGGCUUCGGCAUCGAUGCGAAUCCCCCGCUGGCUGAAGCCGAGGUGAUUCCUGAACCCGAACCCGCACCCCAGCAGGAAGAUAUUUGGAGCGACACGGACGAGGACGAGGCGCAGAUCGAUCACAUCGAGGAUGCGCAGAGACAAGAGCCCAGAGCUCUCAACGAUCCCUACCUCCUCGAACAUGAGCACGAGCCUCGCCCGGGCCAAAUCUAUCGCCAGCUCUACCAGGAAGCAGACGGCGAUCCGCUCGACAUUCUUCGGCUGGCACGGGAUCGUGGCCUGGAGCAGACGCUGGCCGACUUUCUGGUUCCGACGCGGGCUAGCCUCACGCCGGAAGAACUGGCUGCCUUUGAGAGGGAGCAGCCUGUGCUAAAGGAGGCUCAACCGGCUGCUUUUCAGGUUGAGAGGCAGGCUGGCCCGUCGCAGACGCAAGCCGAUGGUUGGGAUUCGACUGCUUCGGAGGAUGAUACUGCCGGGCCUGUUGAGAAUGAAAGGAGGGAUCGCAAGGGAAAGGCAAGGGCCAGGUUCAUCGAGCAUUUGAAUGAUGAUGAUGAUGAGGAGGAGGAGGAGGAGGAGGAGGAGGAAGAAGAGGGGAGGAGCAGGCUAAGCCGGCGAGAACGCGCCCUUCUGAGGGCCCGGUUCACCCCUUGGUGA